ACCGCUGUCACAAAGGCAGACAGUAGACGAAGAGGUAACUUCAAACACGCACGUAAACCUGAGGAAGAGACAUACGGAGGUUUGGAAUUUCCACUUAAUCAGAAAUGAAGCUGAAGUUUGACCAGUAGUCUUUGGUAUUUACAUCCAUCCAUUAUCUAUACCGCAUAUCCUUUGAGGGUUUGCAGAGGGAGCUGGAGCCAAAACUCACCGGCACCAAUCAGGAGGCACAACCAACACAGGUCAUUUUUUCCCCCCCUCGUUCCACUCCACUUCCAAACAUUUCAAUGCACGGCUCUCUGCCUCCAGUGUUCAGUAUGUAUGAAAUUGUCCCCAUGACUACCGGGGAGCAGCAGGCUCCUGGCAAAUAUGGAUCCUCUCCACUUAAGAAGAAGAAACUGGCACAUGAGGGCCGACCCCUUGUGAUGGCGGGGAUGUUAGGCUGUGGUUUGGUGCUGGCUGCCGUGGUUGCUUGGUGCUACUACUCCGCAUCGAUCCGUAAAGCCCAGCUGUUCAAGACAGAGUCAUUAGACCUCAACAAGGACGGCUUUGUCAUUCGUAACCAGGCUGGGGUUGUCAUCUUCACAAUGACCUUCAGGUCUGGUACACUGGAUCUGGACACCUGCUCAAAGGAGGGAAGUAUUCUGACCUGCACUCAGUCAGAUUCUGGCAAGAUCAACUUCUUCAUCCAGACAAUUCGACUAAAGGACACUGUGAUGUGUUACCGUGUUCGUUGGGAGGAGCUGCAAAAUAAGCACUAUGUGGAACACACCAUGGCCUAUAAUGACUCUCACUGGUACGGAGGGGCAGAGACGGCAACACAGCACUGGCCUAUUAGGAUCCAGGGUGAGGAGGAACCACGGCCUUUCAUCACCAGUGAUGUCUACUCCAAUCGGAAGGCUUUUGGAGGAAUCCUAGAACGCUAUUGGCUGUCAUCUAAUGCAACUGCCAUCAAGAUUAAUGACUCUGUACCGUUUCAUCUGGGCUGGUCAGAAAAGGACAGGACACUCAGGUUCCAUGCCCGGUACCAGGACUCUCCCUUCAAGCCAGCACAGGGACAACAGGCCUUACCUGAGCUCAGCUAUAGAGUGUGUGUGGGAUCAGAUGUUACAUCUAUUCACAAGUACAUGGUACGUCGAUAUUUUCCAAAACCGAUCAAGGUCCCAUCUCCUGAAGUCUUCAAACAUCCAGUGUGGUCCACAUGGGCCCUCUACAAAACAUCUGUAACCCAGGAGAAAGUACUCAGUUAUGCCUCUGACAUCACCAAGCAUGGCUUCACAUGCUCCCACCUGGAGCUGGACGACCGCUACACUGCAGAUUAUGGAGAGUUUGACUUUGACCCGCAGAAGUUUCCCAAUGCCAGUGGUAUGUUCGAGAAACUCAGAGAGGACGGGUUUCACGUGUCACUAUGGACACAUCCUUUCAUCAACUAUGACUCCAUUAACUUUGGUGUUGCUGUGGAAAAGGGUCUGUUUGUUCGGGAGCCAAGCGGUGAACUGCCCGCUCUUGUUCGCUGGUGGAACGGUAUCGGAGGAAUCUUGGACUUCACCAACCCAGAAGCUUGUGAGUGGUACGCGUCCCAUUUGCAGACACUCAAAUCCUACUAUAAUGUGACCUCCUUCAAGUUUGAUGCAGGGGAGACGAGCUACCUCCCCCAAAAGUUUAGUACCCUUGUCUCAAUAUCUGACCCCUCCACCUUCACCCACUACUACACAGAGAUGGCAAUACCAUUCAGUGAGCGUGCAGAGCUCAGGGUGGGUUACCAGAGUCAGAACAUCUCCUGCUUCUUCAGGAUUAUUGACAGAGACUCGGUGUGGGGCUAUGAGCUCGGCCUCAAGUCCAUCAUUCCAACUGUUCUUACGAUUAGCAUUCUGGGCUACCAGUUUGUCUUACCUGAUAUGAUUGGAGGAAAUGCGUACCCCAACCGCACUGAAGGUGGUUCAGAUGAAAAAAGUGGUCUGCCAGACAGAGAGCUGUACAUUCGAUGGCUAGAGCUGUCGGCCUUUAUGCCUGCCAUGCAGUUUUCCAUACCACCAUGGGCCUAUGACAAUGAGGUAGUACAGAUAGCACAGAAGUUCACAGAGCUUCACGAGACACUGGUGGCACCAAGAGUGCUGGAGCUGGCAGGUGAGGUCCUUGAUACAGGAGACCCAAUCAUCAGGCCUCUUUGGUGGAUCGCCACUGACGACGAGGCAGCCUAUAAGAUUGACUCCCAGUUUCUGAUCGGGGAUGACCUGAUGGUAGCUCCGGUUUUAGAACCAGGUAAGCAGGAGAGGGACAUCUACCUGCCUGCAGGACGAUGGCGAAGCUACAAGGGGGAACAUUUUGACAAAGGCCCCAUUCACCUCACUGACUACCCUGUGGACCUGGAUGAGGUAGCUUUCUUUACGUGGGUUCACUGAGGACAGUUCAUAUGCAUUCUCACAUGCAUACUGUAUGCACAUGUACAUUCUUGUAAGCACACAUACUGAGAAAGAGCUGGGGGCUGGCUGUCUAAAGGGAAAUGAUCACCGGAGAUCUGUUGCCACAACAGUGUAUGAUAUUGGUUUACCCUCAUCUCUCCUCUCACCUUCUCUUUUACCUGGGACCUCAUUUGUAACGGAUGUGCACGCACAAAACGGGGGCUGAAAGCAUAUGUAUGCAGCUUUCCAUGCGAAUGUUGGGAUCUAUAAAAAAAAAAAAUGAAAAAAAAAUUCUGUGCCAGCAAUUUUUAAGCCUUUGUGUGCACAUGCACUUUUAGUAUGGAUCCUACCCAUGCAUUUUUAAUGAUCCCCCCUGGACUUCUGCCUGCGGGUUCUAGAAGCAGGUUUUCCAUUCUUAAGUUUGUUCUCAUCCUCAUGUGCCUUGUUUAGCCAAUGAUAGAUUGUGCCAUCAGUUAAUCAACAGUCUUCCACCUAAAGGGAUUUUACAAACUAUUCUUUAAAGGCGUGAGUCUCACAUCUGAGCUGUGUUGAUCUGUUUUUGUGUGAAGUUUAUUUCAGGGCAGAGUAAAUAUGUAACUGGGGGAUAACAUAUAUGAUAAGUGUGUAAUAGUUGUUGAGUUGGUCAAGUCAGGUGCACCUCACAUUGACCCUUACAGUUCUUAAAGCUGCUGUCUUUUGGUGAACUUUCUGUCCAUUGCUGUCCAUUCCCUGCUGUUAGCAUUUCCCUCCCUCCUCCCUAUGCUACCUCAUGAACAUGCAGGGGGGGUAGUAACAUAUUCACUUACAAACAGCCAAACCAUAUGAGCAAAGAGCCACCUCUCUGUGGGCUUGUGGAUUAUGACAAAAUGCUGUGGGAUAUUCAGAGUUUCUCCUAGAUUUACUGUCGGAGCCUGAGAGACUCGUAUAACUGAUCAAACACUCUAGUGAUAGCCGUCAGAGUAUAGAGUUAUUAAAGAGACACAAUGUAGAAUUUGCUCUCAGGGUAAUGUUUUACUCUUGUAAAAUAUAAGCCGAGGUAACAUGUGCCAACAAUUGUAGUGAACUAAUGUACAAACAACCAUUUGACGUAUUCCGUAAAACAAGAAUAUAGUUCUUUUUGUGGCAUUGACCCGAAACCGGAAGUUACCUGCUCAGGCUUUGAUGGCGGUGACAUUCACUCUGUCAUAAGUUAAUGUAUCAUCAAAAUAAUGUUGGAGAAAUCAUUUGAAGGUUGAAAUCCUACAU